GUCAUCGUGUUCCGUCGUCUUGAGUGGAUCUCUCCAGAGUUCCAGCGUCUACGGGAAAAGAAACAAGGGCAAGCAAGCACCACAAACACCAGCAGCACCAAACUUCAAGAAGAUGGUUCAUUCUGACAUCCCACAAACCCCAGAGUUCAUCUCUCGAGUUGCCAAUCUUCCUGUUGUUCACUCUGCUAUUGACUAUGCUUCUGAUGCAUACAUCAAAGCCAAGGAUUACAGCCCGUCGCUGAUCAAAAAGACAUGGUCUACCGCCGAAGACACUAUAAACUAUGCUGCUAGUUGUGUUUUGCCGAUCGUUCAAACAACGUUUGAAAAACCUAUUCACGCUGUGGAUACAUUGGCCUGCAAAACUCUUAACAAAGUAGAGGAAACAUUACCAGUUGUCACAAAGACUCCAGAAGAGAUCAUGACAAAUACUCGUUCAUAUGUCAGCGACAAACUGCAACCGGUACAAACAGGUGUUUCGUCUGCUGUCAACUUGGUUUCCGGGGCAACGGAUAAGCUGCUAAACAACCGUCUCGCCCGUCUCACGCUCCAUACCGCGGAAUUUACCGUGGCCACUGUUCACGAAUGUAUCGACUACAUCAUCCCGCCGAUCACUAAAGAAAACAUUUCUGAUGAAUGUCACGUAAUUCCUCCCGAACCUUCCGGACAAAUUAUGUGGACCAUUCGCAGAAGCUUUGAUGCUGCUUUCAAAAUUCAGAAUCGUCUCUUAUCCCGUGCCCAGCGAAGUCUACACGAUCAAGCUCGUAACGCACUUGUUGCUGUUGGUGGUCUUGUAGAUCUUCUUGGAUGGGUUCAAUUGAAUUGGCAAGAGCUGAUGCAGAGAAAUGUAACUGACAAGUUACAUGAACUUGCUAAUUAUUAUCGUGGUUCGGUUGAUGGCGAAAAGAAAGGUCCAAUCAACUGGUUCGAUGACGUGGUCUUUCUGACUAGCUAUUUCACUAAUCGAUGUGUGGAAUACAUCCGUGGCACUAUCAGUGCUAUGACUGGACUCUUGGAAUCCCAGCCCGUCUUGGCUCUUCGCCUUCAGCUUUCCAUUGCCUUGGCUGUUACACUCGACUUUGCUACCAACGUCAUCCGAACGUUGACAUCUGAUAACAUCUUGGCAAAAGCUGACAAGUUUCUUCAGACUGAAUUCCCUUUCGUUCUCAACGCCCUGGAGACGGCCAAAAAUAUGGUAGUCCCCCCUAAGGAAAAAACACAGUAGGUAUCCUCAAUAACGUUGAAUCUCCUUACCCGACGACGAGACCAUUUCACGGCGCUAAAUAUGCGUUGGUUUGGUUCAAACCCCGCGGUAUCCUUAAAGCAUGUUUAUUUUUUUGCGCUUUUUUCUCUAUAAAAGUUCGAGUGGUUUAUAAUAUCAUUUUGGUGGUUGGGUUUUAAGCUUAAUUACUUUUAUAUUCCCCUCGUUUUCUUUUUACUUACCUCAAAUGUUUUUUUUUCUUCUUUUGGUAGUCUUCUAGCUGUUCUCAUGUUCAAUGAGUUGAGCAUCAAUUGGGGAUGCAAUAAACUAUUAUACAUACUUAA